ACAACAUUUCAAUCUAUCAUUUUUUCAAUAUCUCUUCUUUCAUUCAAUCAGUACCAGAGAAUUCGGCAAGAAAGUGAAAGUACCACUCUGUUUUCACCAGGUAUACAUGGUAUCUUACGCAUUUGGCAUGGUUGAAAUACCAUGGAUUGUGGUGUCAGAGAUACUUCCAAUAAAUGUAAAGGGUUCAGCUGGAACCCUUUGCAAUAUGGUGAAUUGGCUUUGUUCUUGGGUGGUUUCAUACACUUUUAACUAUUCAUUCUCCUGGAGCCCAGCAGGAACAUUUUUCAUAUAUGCAGGCAUAUGUGGUUUUGGGGUUGUUUUCAUCGCAAAACUAGUGCCGGAGACUAAAGGGCGAACAUUGGAAGAAAUACAUGCAUCGCUAACUCGUAUUAUGCAAUGAGAAACAUUCAUCAAGGGCCAUGAAAAUUGAUAAAAAGUUAUUCAAAGAUUUUAUAACGUAAUCAUGAACUUCUGCUUAUGAAUUCAACAUGCAUAUAGCGCUUU